AUGACUUCAGUUCAACUCCCCCCUUUCACUAGCACACCAGUUGAGCAGAUCCCUUCAAUCGUCUCUCGCCUUCGAAAGACAUUCUUUUCCCAGAAAACGCGCCCGGCCGAGUUCCGACUCAAGCAGCUACGCAAGCUCUAUUGGGCCAUCGCCGACCAUGAGAGAGAGCUCCAGGAGGCAGUCUCUCGGGAUUUGGGCAAAGGCACUUUCGAAGCGUUCACAGCGGAGAUCAACUGGACCCAAAAUGACAUCGUCUUCACGACUCAAAAUCUAGAGAAAUGGAUGAAGGACGAGAAGCCCGCCGACAUCGCCUUCUCGAAUCGCCUGGUCAACCCCAGAAUUCGAAAGGAUCCCUUAGGUGUGGUCCUUGUGAUCGGUGCCUUCAACUUCCCCGUCAACUUGUCCUUUGGUCCCAUGAUUGGAGCCAUCGCGGCAGGAAAUACAGUCGUUUUGAAGCCUUCGGAGCAGUCGCCGCACAGUGCCGCAGUCAUGCAAAAAAUCAUGGAAACGGCGCUUGAUCCCGACUGCUAUGUUUGCGUCCAGGGUGCUAUCCCUGAAACCUCAGCAUUGCUGGAGGAGAAGUGGGACAAAAUAUUCUUCACCGGCUCUUCCCGCACGGCCAAAAUCAUCGCUCAGGCAGCAGCGAAGACACUGACUCCAGUUGCUCUCGAGUUGGGUGGACGGAAUCCUGCAAUCGUGACCAAGAAGGCCGACACGCGCUUGGCAGCUCGACGGCUGCUGUGGUCCAAGACCAUGAACGCAGGCCAAGUAUGCAUCAGCCAGAACUACAUCCUGGCUGAUAGGGAAGUUGUCCCUACUCUGAUUGCAGAGUUGAAAACGGCUAUGAGGGAAUUCUUCCCGGAAGGUGCAAAGAAGAGUGCCGACUACUCCAGGAUUGUCAAUAUCAACUCAUUCAAUCGCAUCAAGAAAAUGCUCGACAACACUUCAGGCAGAAUUGUCAUUGGUGGAACCAUGGAUGCAGACCAGCUCUUCAUUGAGCCCACCGUGAUCCAGGUCUCAGAUCCCAAGGACUCGCUGCUAGUGGAAGAGUCUUUUGGGCCCCUGAUCCCGAUCUUGCCCGUCGACAACCUGGAUCAAGCUAUCAGCAUUGCCAACGAGCUCCAUGAGACCCCGUUGGGGGUGUAUGCCUUUGGAUCCAAGGCCGAGACCGACAGAGUCUUAGCAGGCACACGCUCUGGCGGUGCGAGCAUCAACGAUGGCUUCUUCCACGGCAUCAUACCGAACUUACCUUUCGGUGGAGUGGGCGACUCGGGCACUGGAGCAUACCGGGGCAAGGCUUCAUUCGACUGCUUCACGCAUCAACGGUCCAUCACUUAUACCCCAGGCUGGAUGGAAAGCUUGUUGGCUGUGAGAUACCCUCCCUUUGCUGGAACUGGCAAGCUGGCACAGUUCAACAAAAUGGGACUUCUCAAGCCUGACUUUGAUCGAGACGGCAAUCGAAAGAUAGGGGUCGUGUGGUACUUGCUCACGCUGGGAGCAGGGAGCAUAACGGGAGGUGCGUUCAGAGCAGCCUUGUUAGCGGGGAUCUGCGUAGCCUUGAAGGCUUUCAUGGAUGGGAAAACACUGACAUUCAAAUAA